AAAAGUUAUUUUGUAUAAGGAAUCAUAUAAAUAUAUGUCAACCCACCUUCCAUCUCAAGAAAAUUUAUUAGAAGUUCGUGGAAAGUACUACAACAAUCUCAUCUCAAGCUCAUUCCCACAUUGAUAUCACAUGGUCGCCAGGAUUCUUCUUGUCUCCCAGUCUAAUUUUUACUCCUUGACGUUAGCUUAUAUAUAGUUAUGAGAACCAAAGGUAUCAACAAAAGCCCUCACAUUUUCUUAGUUUUCUACUUGGCUCCUUCAUCUUCCUCAUCAAAAACUAGUUGAAAUGGCUAACCACAUUCGAUCCAUCAGCAUGCCCUCUACAUCUCACCCAACUAUAAUAAGAAUACAAGAAGAACUAGAAAAUCUUAUGGCUCGUAUCGCUUCCUCCAGAACUGCACAGAUAGUGCCCGAUGGACUUAAAAGUGUGGGAGAUGUCUAUGAACAAAUUGAAGAGCUUAUUCGUUUGCCUAGCAGCCAACAAAGUAUACUAUUAUGUCGAAAGAAAUGGAUAGAAGAGCAACUUGAUUGCUCUCUUCGGUUGUUGGAUCUGAUUGGUGCUGCAAGAGGAAGUUUGGUUUCCAUGAGAGAGCAUGUCCAAGACCUUCAGUUGGCCAUUCGAAGGAAAGGAAACCAAGUCAAUGAGUCCAAGAAGAAGGCCCAAAAGAUUAUUAAGGAUUCUCUCAAGUCAUUGAAGCUAAUGAGUGGCAAAAAUGUAUCUUGUUGUAUUGAAGACAAUAGCAAUCAAUUGGAUAAGGUUUUGGCUGAAGCAAGAGAGAGCACUAUAUCUCUCCUCAGUUCCAUCUUCUCUUUCUUGUCAAAGACAAAAACAAAGACAAAGAGGUGGUCUAUCGUCUCUAAGGCCAUUUCCAAAAGAAAGGUGGCCUGCGAAGGAGAGUUCGAAGUUGCAACCGCACAGGAGAACAUAGAUAUGUGGUUACAGGUUUCCUAUGAUUGCAUCCUUUCCAAAGAAGUCAAUGCCAUGAUGGUUGAAAAGGCACAUAAUGACUUGCAAGCAAUGGAGGACAGGAUGGAAAUUCUCGAGUCCGGAUUAGAGUUCUUGUUCCGGAAAUUAAUUCAAAAUAUGGUCUCUCUUCUUAACAUCCUCAGCUUGUAGAGUUCAUUGUCAAUAAUUUUACCCAUCAAAGUAUUGGCAUCCUCAUUUUAAAGGAUUUGCUAGUAUAUGUUA